AUGCGUCUGGCCACCGCUCUGCUCGCGCUGGCGUCGACGUGCUGCGCGCUCGAUGGGGUUCUAGGUGCACAGGAGCUCAACGGAACGCAGCAGCGCGUACUGACAGCCAACGUCGACCCGGUCUGCUUCUGGCAGGAGGGCAUGUCGUGCGACCUGACGGGGGCCCUCAACGACCUGCGCCUCGGGGUGGAGGAGAGGUGCGAGCUCCCGGUGCCGGACCCGCUCGACUACACGGACGACUGCCCCGAUUUGACGCCGCAGAUCGCGUCCGUGCAGCUCACGGCCUCCAAAAUGGGGAGCACCAAGUCGAUCUCCUCCAAGAAGAUCACCUGGUCACAGUACACGGACAACCCUGCGCUGCUGCAGAGCGAGAUCCUCUUCGACGAGCCGGGCAAGUACGAGAUGGAGAUCGUCGCGACCGACUCCAUGGACGACGAGGUGUCGUGCGUCGGGUGCGUCGCCAUCCUCGACCAGUACCGACCGCGGUACGGAUCUGCAGGGUCCUGCCCCGACACUUCGAGUGCCCCGAAGAAAGUGUCGAAGCCGAUGACGAAGGACGAGCUGGACAACUGCAAGAAGAUCGAGGCGGGGUAUAUGAAGCACACGGAGAACGCCAAUGUUGUCAACAACCCCAGCAGUGGGGAGCUCUGCUACAAGACCACCGACCGAUUCUCAAUG